AUGACCCAGGUCGCGAGGCCCCUAUGCAAGAUACGGAGACAUAAAGAUAUUGUCAACAAUUUGAAAACUUCAAACUCGAGCCCCAUGUUCGACGUGUUGCGUCCAUUGAAGGACCAGCUCUGCUGGGGCCUAGUUCAUGAACCAGGCGCAGAGAAGUGCAGCGCAAAACAGACGCGGGAAGAGACUCCUAGGUUCCCAGUCGUCAGGCUGAUGUUCUUCGUCUACGGAGGUACCGCUAGUCAACACAGCCUCAGGGCUCCAUCGAGGCUGCCACACGAGGGAGAAGAGGAAGCACAGCCCCUUAUAGAUGACGACAUUCGGACGCGGACGUGGGGUGCAUACGCGGCUUCAACGGCCGGCAUAUAUCCAUGUUUACCACGGGAUCCGGUUGAAGCCGGGCUGCGUAACAUCAAGAUCCUGCAGCUUGACAUUCAAGUAGUGCUGUUCAUAUGGAACCGCGUGUACGCAGAAGAGCCGGAAGGUCUUCAGUUGGCGAGCAGACAACACCUAUACGACGGCUUCUCUGGCAGCGGGACACGACUGCUCGAGGCAAACCACGCAGGCCUCCCUGGGCAGUCACUUGGCGAGGAACGGAUGCUAGAGUAUGCUCCUCCUGGGAAGGUCCCGUCAUCAUUGUCGUCGCGUCGGUGCGACUGGGCGCGGCUGGCUCGCAAUCCGGAACUAGGACAUCACCAGCAGGGCACUAACAUUGCGCUCGUGUCGUGCCACCGAGUAGUUGCGACCUUGUUGCAGAGCCCGCGAUACGAGUGA